AUGGCAGCACAAACGUCCCCCUCGGACUGCUCUGAGGUCAUUGAUCACAGCCAUGUCCCUGAGUUCGAGGUUUCACCAUGGAUCAAGAUCACUAUGGCCAUCCUCUACUUCCUGGUCUUUGUGGCAGGGAUCUUGGGCAACAGCAUCACUAUCAGGACCACCAGGAUCCUGCAGAAGAAGGGUUACCUGCAGAAGGAGGUCACGGAUCACAUGGUGAGCCUGGCCUGCUCUGACCUGUUGGUGAUCCUGCUCGGCAUGCCCGGCGAAUUCCUCAGCGCCAUAUGGAGGCCCUUCUCCACCCCCAAUGGCAAUGUGGUUUGCAAGCUUUACUCCUUCCUGUUUGAAGCCUGCAGCUAUGCCACAGUGCUGCACGUGGCUACUCUCAGUUUCGAGAGGUACGUGGCCAUCUGCCACCCCUUCAAGUUCAAGGCAGUCUCUGGACCCCGCAAGGUGAAGCUGCUCAUCGCCUUCGUGUGGGUGACGUCCGUCCUCGUGGCUCUGCCCCUGCUCUUUGCCGUGGGCACGGAAUAUCCCCUGGAAAUCAUCGAGGGCUACCAAGGUGUGACAGCCUGUGUCCAGCCUACGCCCCGGCACCACGUCCCUGAGUUGAGGCUCAACAUGACCAUCUGCACCAACCUCUCCUCCAAAUGGCCCGUCUUCCAGGCCAGCAUCUUCAGCGCGUUUGCUGUGUACCUCAUCGUGCUGGGCGCCGUGGCCUUCAUGUGCCGCAGCAUGAUGAAGACCCUGAUGAUCCACAAGAAAGGAACCCUUGCGGUGAAGGGAGAGUAUGGAUACCAGGAGCAGCAGUUGAGGAAAAACGAAAGCUCGGACAGCAAGAGCUCCAGGAGACAGAUCAUUUUAUUCCUUGGUAAGAGCCGUGUCUCCCUCCUGCUUUGUAUCCCUUCUUCCUUCCCAUGCCACCCUUUCCAGACUGGAAGAAAAACUGCCAUCUUAUCUCACUGA